AUGGUUUCCUCGGCAACGGGAGUGGGCUCUUAGUACACAGCAGGCCGGGGAUUUAGUGCAAGGCGCCCUGCUAGAGACCGUGAAAGUUUAGGGGUUGGGGGGAAAGGGGUCAGGUUUGGUCUGGGAUUACCCUGGAAGCCCCCCUUCCAUGUUGGAACAAGAUACUUUAUUAUGUCUAUUAUUUUUAAUGGAAGAUGAUUGAAAGUGAAAGCCUGAACCAGGAAGAAAUCAUUAAAGAACUGUGUACAUGCAAUGGUUUGUGUUUUGAGUCAAUUGAUCAAGAAGGACCAGAAACUUUCAAACUGGAGAUGUUUUUUUCAGGGUAUCCAUGUAUUGUAGGGUUAGCAUCUUUUCCUAAUUUAACAAGUCUUACGGUAGUUGCUCAAAAUAUUUCCAAAAUCUCAGGACUGGAGUCAUGUUUCUUACUUAAAGAACUUUGGAUUGCUGAAUGCCAUAUAACGAAAAUUGAAGGUCUACAGGAAUGUAAAAAUUUGGAAAAACUGUUCUUAUAUUAUAAUAAGAUUACCAAAAUAGAAAAUUUGGAGGCAUUAACAAAGCUGGAGGUCAUUUGGUUGAACCACAAUGGAAUCAGAGCUAUUGAGGGUUUGCAAAGUUUGAAGAAUUUGAAAGACCUCAAUCUUGCUGGAAAUUUUAUAAAUAGCAUUGGACAAUGCUUGGACUUCAACGAAAGAAUAGAAAGACUAAACCUGUCUGGUAAUCAAAUAUGUUCUUUCAAGGAACUCACUCAGCUAACCAAGUUACCUCGUUUAAAGGAUUUGAGUCUGAAUGAUCCUCAGUAUAAGCCUAAUCCAGUUUGUCUGCUGUGUCAUUAUUCUACACAUGUGCUAUAUCAUUUACCAUGUCUUCAAAGACUUGACACAUUUGAUGUAUCACCAAAGCAGAUCAAAGAAUUGGCUGAUACUACAGCAAUGAAAAAAAUAAUGUAUUAUACUAUGCGUAUAAAAACUGUUCACAGGAACCUUAAUGAGGAACUUGAGAAGUUGAAUGAAAGGAAAUGCAAAUUGCAGAAAUUGCCAGAAGAACGUAUAAAAUUACUUAGCUUCAUUAUAAAAAAUCUAGAAUGGGAAUUAGAAGAACUACGACUACGUGGGAAAAUGCACAAUGAAAAAUCUCAUCAUGGUAAAAAGUCUCACUAUGACAAAUCCAACAAUGAAAUUUCUACUGAAGAAUCAAAUUUUGAAAAGAAAUACUUCGAAAAACGAAAUGCUCUCAAUGAAAGGGUAGCAUUCUGGAAUAAAAAAUUAGAUGAAAUUGAAAUACUUUAUCAGAAUGAAGUCAAACGAAAGAAGAAAAAACAUGGUUUACUAGUACCAUUUUUGUUCAUUGAAUUGGAAACAGUGGGGAAUAUCCAGUUUGAAGAAGGCACACCAUCACAUGACUGGUUUAAUUGCUGCUAUGAGUUAAUUCUGUCACGGUUUUGUACCUGGGACUUCAGAGCAUAUGGUAUCACAGGAGUAAAAAUAAAUCGCAUUUUUAAAAUGAACAAUCGUAUUCUGAGACUGAAAUUUGAAGAAAAAUUCCAAAAGUUUUUGGACAGUGAAGAUACAAAUGAUUCCGAGAAUUACCGAAAGAUGAUGGAAUACCUUUUUUAUAUUUUUGAUCCAGAAGUUCCCUUAAAGAAAAAACAUCUGCUGCAAAUACUUGAGAAAGGAUUCAAAGAGAUUGAAACAAACAGGCCUUCUCACAAAAAAGAAGCUGUAAUGCUUGCUAACAGUCUCAGUCUAUGUGAGUGUCCCAGAAUCGAAUUUAUACAGAAACAAAUCAAGGAUGAAAAGAAAAACUCUCUUGAUCCAGAAAUGUACAGGCAUGGCAUACUCAUAAUGACGAAAGUUUUUCUUGGACGUAGCAUUCAGGCUCGUGAGCAGGAUCCUGUCUCUAAAGUCAACUACCCAAUGUUCAAUUCAGUAUUCAUGCCUCGGAAAUGCUCCUUGAUGUCCCACAAAAACUGUAACUGCAACCUUCGACAGAGCAAGUGGUUUGUGUUUGAUCAUGACCUUGUCUUGCCAGAAUAUAUCAUUGAAUUCGAGUAUAUCACAUUGGUCAAGACUCAUUCUUUAUUUUCUACACUCAACAAUGUUAUUGCAGAAGGAGCAAAAAAAAAUCUAGAUGGAUCAGUAUUGUCUCAUGACUUGAAAAUUGAUGAGGAAAUUAUAGAAAUGGAGCCCAAGUUAAAGUCUAGAACAAAACUUAAUAAUUUAGAUGAAAAAGCAAUACUUUCGUUUACCAAGACUAAUAUUUACAGCCAAAUAGUGAGUCUAAAUCUACAUGGAAACAGCUUGAAUAAAUUGAGGGAUCUUUCCAAGUUAACAGGGCUCCAAAAACUUAUCAUCAGCUUCAAUGAAUUUACAUGCUUAGAUGAUGUGUACUAUUUGUAUAAUCUUGAAUAUUUGGAUGCAAGCCAUAACCACGUGAUCACUCUUGAAGGAUUUCGAGGUCUCGUGAAAUUGAAAUACUUAGACUUAAGCUGGAAUCAGCUGAAAAAAACUGGAGAUGAAAUUAAUCUUUUAUGCAAGCAUACUUCAAACCUUCUCAGUCUUGAUAUUCGACAUAAUCCAUGGCAGAAGCCAUCCACAUUGAGACCAAGUGUUAUUGGCAGAUUAAAGACGCUUACUCAUUUAAAUGGACUCCUGGUUACUGAAGAAGAAAAAAAUGCAGCUGUAAAUUUUAUUGCUGGAACAAGGAUUACUCAGGUAACCCUCUCACACCAUUCCAGAACUGAUGAAGUUCGACCACGAAUACUUAGCAUAUGGCCUUCUGCCAAAAUCCUAACACAGAUGACUAAGUCAGAACCAUUUUCACAUCUUAGUGGAAAUUGGUAUUCUAAGAUAACUGCCUUAAACUUGGAUGGACAAAAUCUCUUUGAAAUCACUAAUUUGGAAAAAUUAGUGAAUUUGCGAUGGGCAUCAUUUAGUAAUAAUAAUCUCACAAAAAUUGAAGGUUUGGAAUCCUGUGUUAAUUUGGAAGAGCUCACUUUAGAUGGAAACUGCAUCUCAAAGCUAGAAGGCAUUUCAAAACUGACCAAACUAACCCGUUUCAGUAUAAACAAUAAUCUCCUCACUGGGCUGGAAAAGCACAUCUUUGAAAACAUGUUUCAUCUUCAUUACCUUUCUCUUGAAAAUAACAAGAUCACUUCAUUGGUUGGUUUACAAAAAGCUUACACCAUAAUUGAAUUAUACAUAAAUAAUAAUUUUAUUGCUACCAAUCAGGAGAUCUACAAUUUAAAGGGUUUAUACAAUCUGAUCAUUUUAGACAUGUGUGGAAAUCUUAUUGUAUGGAAUCAAGAAAACUACCGCUUGUUUGUAAUCUUCCACCUUCCAGAUCUGAAAGCGUUGGAUGGAAUCUCAGUAGAAUCUCCAGAGAUUGAGACUGCAAAAGACUUGUUUGGUGGCAGACUUACAUCUGACAUGAUUGCAGAAAGGCAAGGACAUUCAAGCUUCAUCCAAAUGCAGGAAUUAAAUUGGACCACAUCUAGUAUCAGAACUGUGGAUCUGGUUCCACUUGAUCAAUUUCGAAAUAUAUGCAAUGUGAAUUUGCAGAACAACAAUCUAACUUCAUUCAGUGGCUUAAUCUAUCUGCCUAAUGUGAAGGUAUUGUGUCUCAACUAUAAUCACAUAGAAUCAAUAAUACCCAGAAUAAAGCCUCAGACUCAUUUAAGCAAUAGGCAACUUCUCUAUCAGAAGGUAACCUCAAGUGGCUAUGGACAGCAAGUAGUACCAAAAGGAAACAGGGAUUCAAGUCUUUCUGAGAAUUUACCUCCAAUAAUGCAGAGUUUAGAAGUUCUUCAUUUGGGCUACAAUGGAAUUUGUAAUUUAAUACAAUUACAGCUUAACAGACUAAGAAAUUUAAAAUUUCUCUUUCUCCAGGGCAAUGAAAUCAGUCAAGUUGAAGGACUUGACAAUUUGCCAGCCCUUCAAGAAUUGGUAUUGGACCAUAACCGCAUCAGAGCAAUUAGUGACAGUGCCUUUGUUAAGCCUAGUGCUCUUGUGGCACUUCAUUUGGAAGAAAACAGACUGCGAGAACUUACCAAUUUGCAGCCUUUGGUAAAAUUAGAAAAACUAUUCCUAGGAUAUAACAAAAUUCAGGAAAUGGCAGAAUUGGAAAAGCUUGAGGUCAUUCCUUCUAUCAAAGAACUCACAGUGUAUGGCAAUCCAAUUUCUCGUAAAAUUACACAUCGCCAUAUGCUGAUAUAUCGAUUGCCUAACUUACAGAUGUUAGAUGGAAUGGCUGUAAAUUAUGAUGACAGAGCAAGAGCUGAAUUUCACUUCGCAGAACCCCAAUCAAGGAAAAAUUCAUUUGUUCCUGUUGCCAGCUCUCCAGUGGACUGUGGACAAUAUGGUCAAGCGAAAGCUCCUCCCAUAAAGAUAACAAAUGUAAUUCUGCAUGAAGGAAUAAACCAUUACCUCGGAUCUGACUUCACAUUUACUCCUGUAAAUGAAGGUAUUUUGCCCAGUGAGUGUAAUAAGGACAAAAAAGCGAAGAAUGCAGGAAAUAUGACAAAUAAUCCUCGUAGCAUCCACGCAGAAAUAACUUUUCAGCAGCUUAGAGGAGUAAAUAUUUCUCCAACUUUCAUGUCACAACAAAACAUCACUUCUCGUUCUAUACAGAUGUACCAAGGCAACCGAGAUGAAGGAAGGAUGCCUGCCAACAACUUUUCCAGACAAAACCGAAUGUAAUUUGCAAAAGAAAAAUGAACAUGAACCAAGAAAUCUAAUUCUGUUCAGUAACAGUGUAAAUAAAAGCUAGCAGAUAGUGGUGGGUGAUGGAAAAUGUGAAUAAGCUAAUCAUGGUACUGGUGUUAAUAGAAAAACAGCAUUAAUAUGCGGAUAUACUUCUCUAGCUCCAUAUAACAGUGAUCUCAAUCUCUCCCUUAGUGGAUUUAAUUUGCUAACACCUCAUACUUUGAAUACAGUUGUCAAGAAUUGUACUCCAUAUUUGAACUUUAAAGAGAAAUCAUGAGUUGUUUUACAUCUCACAUCAUCUUUAAAAGGUAGACAUGAAAAGAAAUCACAAAGCAGAGUCAAGCUUUUAGCUCCAUGCUUAAGGCAUAGAAAUAAUAUUCUGGCCAGACACAACUUAGUGAAAGAUAACUAUAGGAAAUAGCUGACUUUGAAUUGUAAUGUGUAUGUACAUACAUAUAUGCAUAUACAUGUGUGUAUAUAUUAUGCGUGUAUGUAUAUGUAUAUAUGUGUGUACAUACAUACUCACUCAUUUAGGGCUUUGUAAAAUCCAAGAGAAUGUUCCUUGUCAAACACAGCUCCACUUAAAGCAAGAUGAUCUCGUUGUUUUCAGAUGCAGAAUUGUGUACACCAGUAAGAACCUGAUGUUUGCUAAUGAAUCAGUCACUGGUUUAUGCCCUUAAGAAAAAAGAGAAAAAGCUUGAUGGUGGUCCCACAUGGUCAAUUGGCACACAAUAAAUAAUUUCAAGUUCCAAAAGAACAUGCUUAAUCUGGGUGUUAACCUUCUUAAAAUUUUAUUUUUAAUGAUAAAUUCCACUUGAAAUGGUUUUUAAAAUAUA